AUGAUGUUGCUAUUGGGUGGUAUUCUUUACACGGCGAUCGGCCUCGUUUCCAACGUCGCCUUUCUCACGGUCGCACAGACGUUUUUGGCCAACGACUUUGGCUGGGCGGGCUUCAACAGCACCGGCAUGCACGCCUUCUUGGCCAAUGCCAUCAACCAGCAGCUCCUCAUCUCAACCAACACGACGCUCGACUUGAGCAGCCCCGCGCUUGCAGACAUCUCGCAGCUCUACAACGACUCGAUGUCAUCGAUUCUCCGGAGUGCUCACGCUCCCCGGCGCCAGCUCAUGGACGCCAGCGUGCCUCUGACUCGGUUUGUGCAAGGCCUUCGAGACAUGAACCCGUGCAUGCUGCCAUGGAUGUUUACGCAGUACUGCUGGCUCGACUUGGAUCGGCAGUGGGCCAUGGCCAGCACCACAAGGCGCCAAGCGCGAUGCGUUGCCUCACAGAUGGACAACGGCGCCGUGUACUUGGAGAUUCCUCUUCGUAACAUUCGCGACUGGACUGCGUGGGACCGCUGCUGGGGCUCGUCGUUUGAGAUUGGUUUUAUUGCGCACCUUCAGACCUCGCAACGUGGUCAGCAGUGGCUCACGAAUCUCAAACUCAACACCAAUUCGGUCAAUGACGAAGUGGCUCUCUGGCGUCGCUACAACCUAACUCGGUUCCAGUUGCAGUGGCAAAACUACAAGACGAUUGGCAUGGUCGACACCUUCUCCAUCACAUCUGCGCUAGGCUACACGUCGUCGCUGACGCUGAGUCGGUCGGAAGGCGACUACCAUACGUGGAUGCAGACAUCGUAUCGCAUGUACUGGGCGCUCGCGAGCGAUCUCUGGGCAAUUAGCACCAACGCAACGCACAUCGGUGGCAAGAGCUUACUGUCCUCAAGCCCCAAGUUUGCCUUUGCAAACACGUCAAGCGCAUCGCUCUUGGCCCAAAACCUGACGCUGCCAAUGCCGUUACUGCCUGGAUUGGUGCGACUCGCGUCCGCACUGGGACCCUUUGGGGCCAUCGACACCCAUCUCCUCGCGCCACCAAGACUACUCUUGGACCUCCUCAACGCUAUCUUGAGUGCCGUCGCCAUGCAGCUCGUCUCGAACGAGUUGGCGCAAGCCGACUUUCUUUCGCUUCCUUCCAAGCCCAGUGUCUGCGAAGUACCGCCAUUCCUCUUAUCCGACCCUGCUAUCAUGCUCUUGGGCGGCAACCUCAUGUGCGGUGACGACUUGCCGCCCGAGCCUGCGAUUGGGCUCUACAGUGGCUUUGGGGCGUUCAGCGUCUGCAACGCCAACUUUUUCGAACUCAUGCAGCUAAGCACGAAGGAACAGCUCUUCGCUUUCGCAGCCUUUCUCGCCACAACGGCGAUUGAGCCGGCAGACUACCAGGGGAUUUGCGACCUCGACAAGUGCUCUGGCAUAGCAUGUGCAGCCCAGUUUCGAGAUGUUGUCGGCUGGCUAGAACAAUACCCGGUUGUGACGCCCCGGGACCUUGUGUCGUCGGUGGUUCAGAGCAUCCUCCAACUCAAUCUCGAGACGACGCAGUACUUCUACGCGACCAACGACACGCCCCAUGUCCAACUGUACCGUGUGCCGCUACUGACGCCGUCGGAGCGUCUCUGGGGCUUUUACGGCUGGUGCUUUUUGUACGAGUGGGCGACCGGGGCGCGCGAAGCUGUCAUGUUCGCGGGUGACGCCGGUACGAUCACGUCACUCUCCCAGCGGACGCCGCCACUAAAGAUAAGCCCCGAUCCUGGCGAGGUGCCCGUGAGCUUUGCGUCGUUUUGUCAAGGGUGCAUUCUCUACGUCACGGGAUUGCUCAUUGCGGUGGCGGGGCUGGUGACCAUCUACAGUCUCAGCCUGCGUGGCCGCAUCGAAGCAUUCAAUCUCUUUGAGCUCAGCCGAAUCGUGGGCCACGUGUGGGCAGGUCGACUCGUGCUUCUGCUACGUAGUUUGACGGCCAUCUGGAUUCUCAAUACGGCGCCGCUGCUCUUAACGCAAGUCGGUGCCGCCACCGUGAUGACGUCGACAUCGCUGACGUGGUACAAGACGAUCCUGGCGGCCUCCGAGGUCUCGUGGCUCGUCUACGCUUUGAACGACCUCUUCAGCGUCAUGACGCAGCAGUACACGGCAACGUACGCGCCCAAGAGUGCAUUUUUAACGUGGUUUGUCGCGAUUCUCUGGUCGUUUGUGUCGCCCGUCGCAGCUCAUGCACAGCUGCAUCGGGACUGCUCCUACGUGGACAUGGACGCCGGGCUUUUCUGCUCGAGUGCGAUGAUUUCCAUCGGCUCUACACGUGGCAGCUUCGCCUUGGUCGCCAUGGCGUUGGCGUGCAUCCUGCUCACGUAUGCUCUCGACCGGCUUCGGUUUCCUCAGCUACCGCCCGUACAAGUGCACUCGCUCUUGCUCAACGCGCAGAGUCUCUACUUGUUUGAUUGGACCGACUGGGCGAUCGAAGGCGAGUACUUUCUCGACAAAGCGUCGGCGCUCAUGGCCGGCGUGCUCUCGAUCGCGUACAAGGACAACUUGUACAUGUUCGACAUCAAAACAUGGCGGUACAUGACACUCCCCGUGCCCGUCGUGUCCCACGCCCUCGAUCCAUCGACGCGCGCCCGACUGCAGUCUGCGCUGCCGCUUGGACGCAUCUAAUGCUGACGAUUGCACGGAAGAAGAGUCCAUCCCAUCACAUCCAUGACAUUUUCCAACAUAGUCUAGGCAAAGCA